AGGGUGUGGGGGCAGAGGUCCUGCAGCCCUGGGGGACAAUGCCAGCAGCAGGGCAAAAGUGGCAGGGAGGCAGCGAGGUGGACCCGGCCAAGCAUGAGGUCCAGGCCAGCGAGGAGGGACUGUGUCAGAGCCCCGUAGGGAGAGCAGAUUCUGGGGCUCAGCACGUGGAAAGGCAGGGAGAGGCACAGGGCCUGGGGUGCAGGAGAAACCUGGAGCCCCUGUCCUGCAGAGGGAGGAGCUGCGGGGAUGGAGCCACCUUCGGCUCAGCGGGCCUCCCUGGCCAAGAAUGAAGAGCCGCAGUCCUGGGGGAGCCCUUGUCAAUGCCCCAAGCAGAGGGAAGCAGAGGACAUCGAGCCUGGGGCUGAAGAGGCCCGUGCACGAUGGGGGCACCCGUUGCAGCUCCUGUUCGCCUGCAUCUCCUACGCCACACAGAUCUUCUCUCUCGGCCUGGGCUUCGGCAGCCUGAUCGCUUUCGCCAGCUACAACGAGCCCUCCAACAACUGCCAGAAGCACACCAUCAUCGUGUCCCUCAUCAAUAGUGCCACCUCCAUCUAUGGCUUCAAGGCCACCUUCAACUACGAACACUGCUUAGAUAGGGUGAUUCUGCUGCUGACCAAUUCUUUUGACCUGGAAGAUGGCUUUUUGACAGCCAGCAACCUGGAGCAGGUGAAGGGCUACCUGGCUUCCACCUACCCAAGCAAGUACAGCGAGGUCUUCCCACUCCUGAAGAACUGCAGCCUGGAGUUGGAGCUGGACACGGCGGUCCAGGGCACAGGCCUGGCCUUCAUGGUCUACACGGAGGCCAUUAAGAACAUGGAGGUGUCCCAGCUGUGGUCGGUGCUCUACUUCUUCAUGCUGCUGAUGCUGGGCAUAGGGAGAGUGCUGGGCAACACAGCGGACAUCCUCACGCCCCUGACCAACAGCAAGGCCAUCUCCAGCCUCCUGCCCAAGGAGGCCAUCUCAGGUCUGGUGUGCCUCAUCAACUGCACCAUUGGCUCGCCGUUCACCAUGGAGGCCGGGAUCUACUGGUUCGACAUCUUCAAUGACUACGUGGCCACACUGUCCCUGCUGCUCAUCGUGCCGGCAGAGACGGUGGCCAUGUGUUACGUGUAUGGGCUGAGGAGAUUCGGAGCCGAGCUGGAGGCCAUGACCGGCCGCGCCCUGGGCUGCUACUGGAAGGCCAUGUGGGCCUGCGUGAGCCCACUGCUCAUCAUCGGCCUCUUCCUCUUCUACCUGAGCGACUACAUCCUCUCGGGGACGCUGCGGUACCAAGCCUGGGACGCCACUCAGGGCCAGCUGGUGACCAAGAACUACCCCGCAUACGCAGUUACUGCCAUCAUGUUGCUCGUGGCCACCUCCACCAUGUGCAUCGCCCUAGUGGCCCUGGUGACUUGCAUUGUGCACCACCUUAAGAAGGGAGACAGGGCCUCCAUAACCUGAGAACUGGACCCCCAGGGAGCCUCCAGCCAGCCUGCCACUGCCUCACUAUGGCCUCCUGGCUUUUUAAAUUAUUUAAGCCCAAAGUACUGCACCUGUCUACUUCCUGAAUAUAUCAUUAGUUACCACAAACUCUUCUCAGCUUCUAACAAUCUUAAC